AUGGGCGUGGUGGGGGUACAAAACUACAAAUGGCGGUGGAUCAGCGAGCAGACGGCGUCGUGGAGCAACAACGACAACAACAACGACAACGACAACAACAACAACGACAACGACAACAACAACGACAACGACAACGACAACAACAACGACAACGACAACAACAACGACAACGACAACAACAACGACAACGACAACAACAACAACGACAACGACAACAACAACGACAACGACAACAACAACGACAACGACAACAACAACGACAACGACAACAACAACGACAACGACAACAACACCAACACCAACAACACCAACAACACCAACAACACCAACAACACCAACAACACCAACAACACCAACAACACCAACAACACCAACAACACCAACAACACCAACAACACCAACAACACCAACAACACCAACAACACCAACAACACCAACAACACCAACAACAACAACACCGACUUUGCAAGCCCUGCCUUCACAAGGUUGUAG